AUGACUCGCUUCUUCGGUCUUCGAGGCAAUAGCCUCAAUAUAAUGGCUAUACUGGGCGUGUUGAUGCCCGGUAUCCUCACAACGGGCUACAAUGCAUCCUCAUUGGGCGGUGUCCUCGAGCUGAGGAACUUUGAAGACCAAUUCCCCGAGCUCGAUAUAUCUACCGCUAUCAACAAAUCAUACGCGUCAACCAUCCAGGGAAUUGUCGUGGCGGCCUACGCUGUAGGCGUGUUCUUGGGAACGCUUUCUUGCAUAUGGCUCGGCGAUCGACUUGGCCGCCGACGAUCGAUCAUGACCGGUGCGUCUGCACAGAUCAUCGGAACUACUCUGAUGGCUAGUGCGUGCUUCAUGAGCAUGCUCAUCAUCUCACGGGUGAUCCUUGGUCUUGGUACGGGUGUGCUCCUAGCCACUAUCCCGCUUUGGCAGUCUGAGAUCUCUCCUCCCAACAAGCGCGGAGCCCAUGUUGGCAUGAAAGGGAUCUUCAGUGGUCUCGGGUGUGCUCUUUCCCUAUUCCUUGAAUUUGGGAUGUCCUUCACUCGAGGGAGUGUCUCUUGGAGAUUUCCAUUUGCUUUUGUGCUGCUGCUUUCCCUUGCCGUGUUGGUGUUUAUCAUCUAUUUGCCGGAGUCCCCACGCUGGUUGAUCCGACAAGGCCGCAUCUCUGAAGCCAGCGAGGUUCUCGCUGCGCUUGAUGAUACUUCUGUUGGUGAUGAGACCGUGAAAACACAAAUCCAAGACGUUCAGAUGUCGUUGGAUAUGGCCGGAAAGAAGUCUCUUGGGCAGUUCUUCCACAUGGGACCGCAGAGAACCUUCCAUCGGGCUAUGCUUGCUCUGACGUGUAUGUUGUUCAUGCAACUCACUGGAUCGACAGUGAUCACCUUCUACACAACCAGCAUCUUUGAAAACAACCUUCACCUCGGGAACUCAACAUCUACUAUCCUGGCAGCUGUCUAUCAACUCGCUGGACCCCUUGGUGGGAUAUUUUGUGUCCUCAAAAUCGAAGGACUCGGCCGGCGCGUAUUGAUGUUGGGCAGCGCAAUCGGGAACGCCGUGUGUCUGGCGUUGGUAGCCGGCCUCGGAACCCAGACGCAUAACCCCCUAGCAGCGCGCGGUGCUGUGUUCUUCAUCUUUUUGUUCCACUUCAGCUACAUCAUCGGCUUCGGCGCGAUACCAUACAUAUAUGCCACAGAGAUUGCGCCUCUGCACCUGCGAACGACCAUCAACAGCUUCAGCAUCAGCUGUUCCUGGGCCAUCAACAUCUUGAUCACCCUCGUCACCCCGAUUGCCUUCACCAGUAUGGGACAGACCUACUUUGUUAUAUUCGCAGGCUGCAAUGCGGCCAUGGUCCCUGUCAUCUACUACUUCUUCCCUGAAACUGCUGGCCGGAGUCUGGAGGAGAUGGACAAGAUCUUUGCUCUUUCAAAGGGCCUUCGCGAUUCUGUCAAGGUUGCACAUCUUCUACCUCACGGGCAAAACCCUGAGUUCUCCGAGAAAGAUCUUGAGCCUGGCCUGAAAUGCCCUGAGCUCCAACUUCGCGAGGUCCACUCGCCAUGA